AUGAACGGUGACAUCAGUCUCUCCCAGUCGCUGGGAGGCCUCCGUAUCGCGAACCCGGAUGACUCGCCCCUCCAGUCCGAGACAGCCAGCGUGGUUCCAACGGAUCAACCGGACGGGUCGGUAUCAACAACUCCACCGGUGCCCGCGCCGCUCGAAGACCACUCCACGACUCUGCCCUCAACGCCCCUCGAGACUGCUGCCUCGUCCGAGUAUAGUUUCCCUCCUGCGCAACAUCCCUCCGACACCGCCCCGCCCGCCUCAACCUCAUCAGCCUCGUAUCAGCAGUAUCCAGCAUCUGCUUUUGGGACCCCUCCUCACGCCACUCGGCCCCUUUCCUCCGCCUAUACCAACGGCUCCGUCUCAUCUGUGCUGCACCGCGACAACUCCUACCGCAUGCGCACCGACUCCGGCGCCUCAUCAACAUCGGUGCCUUUAUCGCGGGUCGACACGCGCGGUGGCUCGGUCGCCUUGCAAGCUGGAGUUCUAGCGCGCGACAACUCUCACAGCGAUCGCUCCUACCGGACCACACAGAUUCCCGUGAACGGACCGGCUGUCCUGCGGCAAUCAUCACGAGCACACGCCCGCGGAGCACACCCCGCACAGAUGUCGCGGACGCCUUAUAGUAUGGAGAACGGACCGGCGCCCAGCAGUGAGGAUUGGCAGGAUCGCGGUGCCGCAGUCGCGGUGAGGCAGGAAGUCGACGCCCACGGAAAGACGGUCUCGCGGUUUAUCAAGAAAGGUGUGCGGGAUUUCUCGUUCGGCAACACGCUGGGAGAAGGCUCCUACAGCACGGUCGUGUUUGCAACGGAUCGGCAAACUCUCAAGGAGUAUGCCAUCAAAAUUCUCGACAAGCGACACAUCAUCAAGGAAAAGAAGGUCAAGUACGUCAACAUUGAAAAGGACACGCUGAACCGAUUGACCGAUCACCCGGGCAUCGUCCGCCUCUACUACACCUUCCAGGAUGAGCGAUCCCUCUACUUCGUUUUGGAUCUAUGCAAAGGAGGAGAGUUACUCGGCGUGCUCAAACGCAUGACCACGUUCGACGAGGAAUGCACGCGCUUCUACGGUGCUCAGAUCCUCGACACGAUAGAUUAUAUGCAUCGGUGCGGGGUCAUUCAUCGCGAUCUGAAGCCGGAGAACGUCUUGCUCGAUCAUCAGAUGUAUGUGAAGAUCACGGAUUUCGGCACGGCCAAGAUCCUCAAGCCCCGACGGCUCGAUGAGAACCAGGCUUCGAUGCCCCCACUGGACGCCAGCGAAAUUCCGGAGGAGGAGAGGGCGAGUUCCUUUGUGGGGACAGCCGAGUAUGUGAGCCCAGAGUUGUUGACGGAGAAGAACGCAUGCAAGGCGAGCGACCUGUGGGCCUUUGGAUGCAUCAUCUAUCAAUUGCUCUCCGGCCGACCGCCAUUCAAAGCUAGCAAUGAGUAUCAGACCUUCCAGAAGAUUGUUGCCUUGGACUAUGAAUUUCCGAUUGGGUUUCCCACAGUGGCCCGCGACUUGGUCGAGCGUCUUCUGGUCUUAGACCCCGCGCGACGUCUCCAGAUCGAGCAUAUCAAGAACCAUGAGUUCUUUCAAGGAGUUUCCUGGGGACCGGAGCUGUGGAAGCAGAAGGCCCCCCGACUAAAAGCCUACGUGCCCCCGGCGCGAGAGCCCAUCAAACUCAACGGAACUGACGGGGGUGAUAGCCUUCCUCCAGUGAUCUCGACGGCGCCGUCGAAUGCUCCCGGUAACAGUAACAACAAUAACAACAACCCCUCACGUGUGCUCCCGCGCGUGGUCACCGAGCUACCACCGCCCAGUCAAUUGGAUAUCGAGUGGUCCCCAGUCUUGAGUCGAGCGAACGAACGCAUUCUCAAGCUGGGCAACCUAGUGGUGACUUCGUCUCCCCAAUCUCAUAGCUUGUCUUCGAAGAAUGGAGCUCACGAAGCGGAGGCUCCAAAGAAGUUUUCCCGCUUCUUCUCCGGAUCAACUACCAAGAAGCGAGCGCGAUUGGUCAUGGUCACCUCGUCCGCGCGGAUCAUUCUUGCUCCAGCCGGAGGUGACGAGAAGAAGGCAAAGCUUGAAGUUUCGCUGCUCGCGCCAGAGACACACUACCGGAGCACCACGGAUAGCAAGGGGCACUCCUUGUGGAUUGUCGAUACGAAAGAGAAACAUCUGGUCUUUGAAGACCCUAAGCCUUCUUCAAGCAAUACGGGAGCGACAGCGGUUUCAACACAGGAAUGGCUGGAUACAUUAGACCGUGCCAAGGAGAUGGCCUCCCUACAACCAAACACGGGUUCAUAUUCUGCCGAGGAUGCCUUUAGAGACCUUUCAUCCGGAUUCUCUAGUCACUCCAAUACCCUCGAUCGGAGCACAGAGUUACAGAACGAGAGCAAUGUCCCACCCCCCGGGCGCAAUCACUUGACGAAACAUCAAGCGAAUGACUCGGACUCCACUAAGGGUAAGAAGAGGUUCAGCAGGCGACACUCCAAGAACGGGCUCGCUGCUGUCUUCUAA